AUGUCAGUAACAAUCAGAGCAAUCGAAGCAAAAGAUAAAGAAGAAUGGGUCAAUUUAUGGACUGGUCCAAAUGGUUAUAUUGAAUUUUAUGGAUCUUCAAAUAUAAUUACCCCAGAAAUUACAAAUACAACAUUUGAUAGAUUUUUAAAUCCAAAUGAUCCAACUUAUUGUAAUGUUGCAGUUAAUUCUGAAACUGGGAAAUUAAUUGGUUUUGCAACUUAUUUAACUCAUAGAAAUACAUGGACUGUUGAAGAUACUUGUUAUUUAAAUGAUUUAUUUGUUUGUGAAUCAAAUAGAUUAGGUGGUGUUGGUAGAAAAUUAAUCGAAUCUGUUUAUAAAUCAGCUGAUGAAUUAAAUUGUAAAAAUACUUAUUGGUUAACACAAUUUCAUAAUCAUAGAGCUCAAAUGUUAUAUACAAAAGUUGGUGUUAAAGCUGGAUUUUUAGUUUAUGCUAGACCAAACAAUAACUACCUUUAG